ACGGCACCAUCCUUUCCCUCCGCUUCUCCAUCCACGGUGUUGAUCAGGUCAGACUAGAUAAGAUCAGAUCAAAAUGCCGGUGUGUUUUCUGUUGCAUGUCCCCAUUCCAGCAGGAACGGCUGUUCUUUCUUCUUUCGUUUCCCGUCUGUUGUUCAGACUAGGAAUGGCUGGCUCAGACUGAUCAGUUGGAAGAAAAAGGAGGAGGAGGAGGAGGAACGGAGACUAGCGUGGCUCGCGGCUUUGAGACAAAAAUAUCCCCCGAAGAGAGAGAGAGAGUGUGUGUGUUCGCUCCUUCCAAUUCGUCGAUAAGAAGCUAAGGGAGCUGAACCCUGACCCGGAGCUCUACCUGGGCUCGACCGACCUUCUCCAAAGAAAAGGAGAAAGAUAGUCCAUGCGACUGUGUGAGUCAGACGGCUACUUCCAGCAGCAGCAGCGUUAACAUGAACCCACACGUUGAAGAUGGACCUCACUGCUCGGUGGACUUAACUUGGUCUGUCUCUGACCGGACCAGCAUCUCAAGAUCUGCGCAUCCCCCUGGCCAACAGAUGUGCUCAGUCCAUACACAGUGGGAGGACCCUGCACAACAGGAUCACAGCUAUUGCCAGACGGCCCGCGGAAAAGAUGUGCGGGAUAUGAUCACCCAGUGUGAUGAGUUUGGCUACUUCAUGCUUCAGAACGACGCAGAUGCUUUGCUCUACACAGGCCUCAACCCCCUUUCCUCCCUCCGUCUCAUCGUCCCUCCUCUGCAGCUUGUGUCUGCGGCUCUGUGGGAGAUAGUGAAGCAGGGAGCUGUGGUGCACUAUGGUCUGCUGGAGGAGUUCAUCAGCACAGUGCUGGAGACAGUCCCUGAACUGCUCACUGACACAGAAAGAGUCCAGCUAGUUAUGGGUCUACGUGCAAAGGUGGUGCUCGAGUUAUGCCACAGUGAUGAUCUUACGAACCUUCAGGCCAUCCAGUCUCAUUUGAGCAGAAUAAACACCUACAUUAAAAACCAGGACAACAAGAAUACUAGCUCUGAGGUGGAAGCAUCAGUAACAAACUUCCUGGAGCUGGUUAACACUCUAAAGGAUGAUCAGUGCCAGAGGGAUAUCUUUUAUCAGAAAAUCUUCCCAACAGUGUUCGGCACUGAAUACGACUCUGCCCUACAGGCUCUGAUGAGGAAAUUCCUCCUCAGUCUACACAAGCUGCUGCCUGUUCCAAACCUAGAACAAACUUCACUGUGGCUCAGUCAAUCCCCCUCUGUCUUGAAAGAGUGUGUUGACUUCUUGAAUCAACCUGAGCCCCUGAAUACACUUAUUCAGCAUCACAAACAUCAUGGGCACAAUGUUCUACAAGCUUCGCCUUUCUCAGCUGAUGAUUGCAUCCUUUCCAGCCUGUCUUAUCGCCUACCAAAGGUGGAAAAUGACGAAGGAGACACACAGUUAAAAUCUGAACUGUCGUGUGUCUCACAAGACUUGCAGAUAGAUAACUUGCUUGCCAGUGAGUCAGAAAAUAUUAAAAAAGAAAACUUGAUUGAGAUUAAAUCUGAAUUGUCAUGUGUCUCACAGGACUCGCAGAUAGAUAACUUGCUUGCCAGUGAGUCAGAAAAUAUUAAAAAAGAAAACUGUAUGGAGAUUAAAUCAGAAUUAAUGUGGAACAUAGAAAUAAAUGGACAACAACAUGCUAAUGAUGUGGCUGAAGACCAGGGGGCCUCUAUUGAAGUAAUACUUCAGCCUUUUGAUGAAAGUGAGUCGUACAACCAUGUGAAAACUGGCAGUCGGAAAUCCUCCAAAACCUUCAAGUGUCUCAUUUGUGGCAAAGAUUUUGGUUCCCUUACCAAACUAAAGAGGCACAAGACUAUCCAUCAUGAUGGCUUGACAAACAAAAGGAGUCAGUCAAAUUCUGCGACCCACAAAAUACAUGCAGAAGUCAAACCAGAGACUUGUAUUGAAGCUGAGCGUCCACCACUGGCAAGUGCCACAACACGUAGCCCUCCAAAUUUGACUAGACUUCCAGACUUUGAGCAGUCUGAUGCUAACUGUGAUCUUGUUUGUCAUCUUUGUGGCAAAGUUUACACUUAUCAAAAGAACUUUGACAAACACCAGAAGUUUUGCGUGGUCCGUAAUAAACAACAAGCAGAGACGGACCAACAGUGUUCCACAAGCUUAGCUCAUCUCUCCAAACUAAACCCUGCUGAUACAGCCACAGAGUCUCCCCCCAGUGAAACGGAAACUGAGCCUUCACAUGUUGUUCCCCAGGAAUCUUUAGAAUCACCUCAACAGCAAACAUGUAAAAGGAGCAGUCGUGUUAAACAAUGCUCCGUAUGUCGAGAAGUCUUUAGCUGUUCUGCUGACUUGAUGAGUCACAUGAGAUGCCACAUUGAACAAAAAGACUCUGACAACUUCAAAGACUACGAGACACAUCAAGAAGAUAAAUGCAGAGUUUCACAGCAACAUUCACAGGACAAUCCCCUCAGCAACACAAAGAAAAGCAAACAGGAGAAUCCAGUUGUUUCAAGUGGUAGAAGUCACGUCCCACUAAUCACAGAUGGACCUGCCAACUCUCAGGCUGUGAAGCCAUGUAAAUCAACAGUGAAGUGUCAGGAAUGUGAGCAGGUUUUUACCUACCAUAAGAGCUUUGAGAAGCACCAGAGUAAAUGUUCCAUCAAAGGUCCUCAAAGGACAAAGCAAACAAAAACAAAUUUCUCUAUUAUCAUUGGGUGUGAUUUCCAAUCAGCUGACAAUACCAGCAGGAGCCGUGAUGAGACAAGUUCUGGAACUGCAAAACCUACAAUCUCAGCAGAUGAUGCAAACACUUCCCAGGCAAAAACUCGCACCUUUAAAUGCAACAUGUGUGAUAAGAACUUUUCAAAAAUUUCCCAGAUGAAAGAACAUUAUUCCAAGUCACAUAAAGUCACUGAGUCAUACCCAUGCACUUUGUGCAAGAGAACUUUUGUGAGGAUGUCUGAAUUGGUUAGACAUCAGCAAAAUAUGAAGUUGUACCAGUGCGUCACCUGCAAGAAAUGUUUCUCGAAAUCUAGACUAAAAGAUCAUGAAAAAAUACACGAUGCGUGUGUAACACCAAAUAUUUGUGAAACAUGCGGGCAAAGCUUCAGAUUACAUGCUUAUCUGGUUUUGCACCAGAGAAAGCACAGAGACAAGCAGCCUAAUGUUUGUUCCCACUGUGGAAAACACUAUAGUACAAAAUAUGGCCUGAAAGCCCACAUGGUGAGGCACACAGGUGGUUAUCCAUGCCCAGUGUGCGGAAAGAAAUUCUAUCAAAAAAUAUAUCUGAGAUGGCAUUUGUACAAACACACAGGGAAAGAGCCGUACCUCUGCGACACCUGUGGGAAAGGUUGGCCGACUGCAGCUCAGCUCAAGUGUCACAUGGUUCACCAUCAAGAGGAAAGGCCGUUCAAGUGUGAAGACUGUGGUCAUUGUUACAAGAGGCAAUCCAAUUUGAUCGCUCACCGUAGAGCUGUACAUAUCCGGCUGCGUCCAUUCUCGUGUGAGGUUUGCAACAAAGGCUUUAGAUUAAACAAGGAGCUUAGACAACACAUGAGGGUUCAUACAGGGGAGCGGCCAUUCAUGUGUACAAGGUGUGGCAAAAAGUUCAAGAGAAAAGUUCACCUUCAGCAACACAGCAAAAAUGCAUGUCGGUAACUUGAUACUUUUUGUGACAGGAAGAUGAAAAAGGACCCACAAUUAUUUGAUUGAAAGUGAGUAACAUUGAACCUCUCUUUACAGUGCAGUGUUCUGCAUGGAAACCUUUGAGUCCUUACAUUAAUAUGAAUGCCACUUGACGAGCACAAUCCACCCAAACAGUAGGCGCGUUCAAGUUGAACUCCAGCUGAUCUCCUCUUUCAACAGCGAGGUCAGCUGGUGACUGCAGGGGCACGGGGAUACAAACGCUGCUAUGAAGUUGGACACUGUGCAUGUGACGGGAACAGAAAGGGCCAGUAAGAGUUGAGUGUACAGAUAACACUUGAGUUGGACCUGUGUUGUCUGCAUGCAAGACAGCAGUUAACCACUUCUCAUCACCACAAGUAAGGUGACAGAACUGAGCAAUUUAUUGACAGCAUCAUCAUCACAUAAUUGUAACACUACGUUUUUUUGUUUGUUUUUUAAAAAUAUACUUAUAUUGCACUAAUGCCUUGUAUUUUUUACUUGUUUUUCUUACUCUGUGUUGUGUGAAUAACCGGAUGCUGCUAAAAUUUUGUUGUACACUGCAAUGACAAUAAAAGGACUCUGAUUCUCAGCUUUCAGGGUUGUUGCAUUA